UAUAGAACAAAUUGGAUCCGUGGCGCAAUGUUAUGUUCAUGAGAUGCAACUGUUCAGAUGUAUACAGGGGAAUUUAAGUUGCUCAGUGUUGGAGACAAAGUUGCAGUGGGCAACAAUGCUUUCUCCGAUGUGUAUGCAUUCGGCCACAAGGAUGCCGACGCCAUUUCGGAGUUUUUCCAAGUGCACAGCGCUUCAAACAUGCUGGAGCUCACUGCUGGCCACUUUGUUCCUGUUGACAUCAAGGGAAACCUCGUGUACAAGAGAGCUGAGGAUCUCAAGGUCGGAGACUCUCUCUGGGAAUCAUCCCAAAUCACUGAAAUCUCCAAGGUUGAGAAGCUCGGUCUCUACAACCCACUCACUCUCUCCGGCAACAUUAUGGUUAACAACGUUCUAGCAUCGGCUCACAGCGAGUGGUUCUUGGAUUCCAUCUUUGAUGCCGUCGGUGCAACCGAGUACCUGCCAUAUGCAUACCAGGCGGUGCUUGCUCCAGUUCGCGCCAUCUACAACAUCGUCGGCAAGGAAAUCUAUGCAAAGGGCUAUGGCGCCAUUGAUUCCUGCGUCAACGUUGCUGAGUUUGGAACGAAGUACGCAGGAAGCGUUUCUGCAAUUGCCGGACUUGUGCUGGCCUCGAAGGCGUAGACAAAGCAGACGUAAAUAAUCGAAGUAAAUGUGAGUGAAUUUCGUUGCUGUUAAGCAAAGCUGUGUAAGCUCUCUAUCCGGUA